GCAGCACCGGAGCAAGCGCCCGUUCGGCGGCCGUCACCUGUUUUGAGCGGAGCUAGUGUGUGCACCACAUCGUGAUUUCUGCGUUCAAUAGCCUCUCUGGUGGCCUUCCGUCAGUCACCAUGAUGGCCCCGCUGGCCGCGCGCCUGACGCUGGUCCACCUGUCUGUCGUCGUAUGGAUGAUUUACAGCUGCGCAGCCGGUGUAACCCGUCAUAAGCCAUGUGACACAGACCGCGGAUGGAAAUCUCACGGCUCCAAAUGCUACAAGAAGAUGGACACAACCAACGGUUGGCUGGGAGCUCGUCACGACUGCCUCUGGGAGGCCGGCGACCUGGUCUCCAUCACUUCCGAGGAGGAGGAAAAGUUUGUGAAGGAGCAAAUGGGUGACAAGCCGUUCUGGAUCGGACUCUCCAAUCGGGUCUGCAACAAGGACGGUUGUCAGGAUUUCCGAGCGGGAGAAAAGAGACUGAACUGGUCCGACACUGGUGUGACGCCGACCUACACCAACUGGGACUCGCGUCAAGAUGGAAGCUCCAAUGAUGAAUCCUGCGCGUACGUCAACCAAGGUGUGCACACAGGCAGUCAGCCUGGAAAGUGGAGACAUGGCUCGUGCGGAUCCUCAUUGGCGUACAUGUGCGAGCGGUCGCCCGACGACUGCCCGGACGGAUGGCCGUGUUCCUACAAAGACUUGGGUUACACUUACAGUCGAGUGGAGACUUCCUACUGCGACUCUGGCGAGUUCUUUUACAAGGACUCUUGUUACCAUUUUGAGGGGAGGCAAGUUAUUUGGCAAGAGGCUGAAGAUUUGUGCAAGGAAGAGGGAGGUCUCUUGGCCAGCGUCCACUCAAAGGUUGACGGACAGUUUUUGGCUGCUCACCAGCGAAUAGCAUGGUAUUCUUGGCUGGGACUCAAGAAGAACAAUGGCAAAUUUGAGUGGCGCGACGGAUCAUCUACAGAUGAUGUCCCGUGGGCUGACCCUAAAUAUUCAGGUGACUGCACAAAAUUGAAUAAUGCUGGAGAAGUUGAGCUUGACGCAUGUACUUACAGUCGUCCAUCCAUCUGUCAAAAAGGCAAGGCCAGAGAUUCUCUAACGAGUCAGGAGUCAGGAUCAGGAUCGACCGAUCAUGAGGCGGGAACAUGUGACACAGUCAACGGAUGGAGUCCUCACGGCUCAAACUGUUACAAGAAAAUGAGCACAACCAACGGUUGGCUGGGGGCUCGCCACGACUGCCUCUGGGAGGGCGGCGACCUUGUCUCCAUCACUUCAGAGGAUGAGGAGAAGUUUGUGAAGGAGCAAAUGGGCGACAAGGCGUUCUGGAUCGGAGUCUCCAAUCUGGUCUGCGACAAGGACUGGUGUCGCUUUUUUGAAGCGGGAGAAAAGAGGCUGACUUGGUCCGACACCGGUGUGACCCCGACUUACGCUAACUGGGCCUCAAGCCAAGGCGGAAGCCCCAAUGAUGAAUCCUGCGCGUACGUCAACCAAGGUGUGCACAUAUACAGUCAGCCUGGAAAGUGGAGACAUGGCUCGUGCGGAUCCUCAUUGGCGUACAUGUGCAAGCGGUCGCCCGGCGACUGCCCGGAGGGAUGGCCGUGUUCCUACAAAGACUUCGGUCACACUUACAGUCGAGUGGAGACUUCCUACUGCAACUCUGGCGAGUUCCUGUACAAGGACUCUUGUUACCAUUUUGAGGGGAGGAAUGGAACUUGGCAAGCGGCUGAAGAUUUCUGCAAGAAAGAGAGAGGUCUCUUGGCCAGCGUCCACUCAAAGGUUGACGGACAGUUUUUGGCUGAUCACCAGCGAAUAGCAUGGUAUUCUUGGCUGGGACUCAAGAAGAACAAUGGCAAAUUUGAGUGGCGCGACGGAUCAUCUACAGAUGAUAUCCCGUGGUAUCAUGAGAAAUUUUUAGGUGUCUGCACAAAAUUGAGUCGUGUUGGAGAAGUUGUGAUCGACAGUUGUACUCGUGGCACUCGUCCAUCCAUCUGUCAAAAAGGCAAGGCCAGAGCUUCUCUUCCGCCUCUUCCGGCGUCUGCAUCAGCAUCAGACAAGAGUGCAAAGUGCGGCUUGUGGUGGGAGAACCCCGCCAACGACUUCUGCUACAUGAUCAACGCCAUGCCCACCAAGACCUGGAAGGAGGCGCGAGACGAGUGCGCCCGCCGCAGAGGCAACCUGCUCGCCAUCACCGACUUACAGGAACUCAACUUCAUACACGGGCUUCCGGCAAGCGGUUCCUCUUUGUGGUUGGACGCCAGCGACACCAAUGUUGAAGUCGGCAGCAAGCAGUCUGACGAAUCCUCACCGAGUUCCGUCCUUUUGGCCGCAAGUGACCCUGGUGACCCCCCCGGCCGACGCUGCAACUCCUUACUCCAUGGCAAGGGCAGCAUGGAAGUUGUCGAUUGUGAUAAGAAGAGCGGCUACGUCUGCAGGAGAAGAGGCAUUCAGACAUGUGAAAUGACCAAAGGGUGGCGCGGCUUCGGCUCCAACUGCUACAGGAAGAUGAAGACCACCAACGGUUGGCUGGGGGCCCGUUACGACUGCGUCUGGGAGGGCGGCGACCUGGUCUCCAUCACCUCGGAGGACGAGCAAAAGUUCGUGAUGGAGCAAAUGGGCGACAAGCCGUUCUGGAUCGGACUUUCCAACCUGGACUGCGCCGAGGUCUGGUGUCAGUUUUUUAAAGCGGGAGAAAAGAGGCUGACUUGGUCCGACACUGCUCUGACGCCGACCUACGCUAAGUGGACCUCGAGUCAAGACGGAAGCUCCGACGAUGAAUCUUGCACGUACGUCAACCAAGGUGUGCACGUAGACAGUCAGCCUGGAAAAUGGAGACAUGGCUCGUGCGGAUCCUCCUUAAUGUACAUGUGCGAGCGGCCGCUCGACGCCUGCCCGGACGGACGGCUGUGUUCCUACAAAGACUAUGGAAACGGCUACAAUCGAGUGGAGACUUCCUACUGCGACACUGGCGAAUUCCUGUACAGGGACUCUUGCUAUCACUUUGAGGGGUUGGAGCGAACUUGGGAGGCAGCCGAGAAGUUCUGCGAAGAAUGGCACGGUGGUCACCUGGCCAGCGUCCAGUCACUGGUUGAUGGCCAAUUCUUGGCUGCUAACGCGCCAUAUGCAGGAGGAGUGCAAUCUUGGGUGGGACUCAAGAACAACAAGGACAACUUUGAGUGGAGCGACGCAACAUCUACGGGCAACAUUCUGUGGGUGCCAAACGGGCCGAAAGGGCGUGGUGGCUGCUCUGCCUUGUCGCCGACUGGUCAACUUGAGGAUUGGCCCUGCACCGAAAGUCGGCCAUUCAUCUGUAAAAAAGCCAAGGUCCAAGAGUUUCUUCUUCCUCCGCCGGCAGGGUGGAGUGCAAAGUGCGGCUGGUGGGUGGACCGAUCCUCCUCCUCCGACUUCUGCUACCUGAUCCAGCACAAGCCCACCAAGACGUGGCAGAAGGCGCGAGACGACUGCCUCCGCCGAGGAGGCGACCUGCUCAGCAUUGCCGACUCAAAUGAACAGGCAUUCGCACAAGGUCUGUACAGUUCUCUGUCGAGCGCUCCCUCUCUGUGGUUGGGGGUCAACAACAAGAAAGACGACAGCGAGUGGACUGACGGAUCCCCGCUCGGUUACAUGCUCAUGGACAGAGAUGACCCCGGUGACCUCUCUGGUGCAUCCUGUCUUUCCUUACUCACAAGCAACGGCCGCUGGAAGUUUGACGAUUGCAGGAAGAGAAGGGGCUACAUCUGCAAGAAAAGAGGAAUCCCGGCAAAGCCUCAGCAGCCUCUUCCUGCUUUAACCCAUCAUGAGCCAACAUGUGACACAGUCAACGGAUGGAGUCCUCACGGCUCAAACUGUUACAAGGAGAUGGAGACCCCCAACGGUUGGCUGGGGGCUCGUCACGACUGCCUCUGGGAGGGCGGGGACCUUGUCUCCAUCACCUCUGAAGACGAGGAAAUGUUUGUGAUGGAGCAAAUGGGCAACAAACCGUUCUGGAUCGGACUCUCCAAUCUGAACUGCAACGAGACCUGGUGUCAGUUUUUUAAAGCGGGCGAAAAAAGCGUGACUUGGUCCUACACCAGUGUGACGCCGACCUACGCCAACUGGGACCCGCGUCAAGACCAGAGCUUCAACGAUGAAUCCUGCCCAUACGUCAACCAAGGUGUGCACGGAGACAGUCAGUCUGGAAAGUGGAGGCGUGGCUCGUGCGGAUCCUCAUUGGUGUACAUGUGCGAGCGGUCGUCCGACGACUGCCCAGAUGGAUGGCCGUGUUCCUACAAAGACUUAGGUUACAGUUACAGUCGAGUGGAGACUUCCUUCUGUGACUCUAACGAGUUCCUGUACAAGGACUCUUGUUAUCACUUUGAGGGGACCCCUAAAACUUGGCAAGCGGCGGAAGAUUUCUGCAAGGAAGAGGGAGGUCUCUUGGCCAGCGUCCGCUCACCGGUUGACAGACGAUUUUUGGCUGCUCACGUGCAAGAAGGAUCUCAACCUUGGCUGGGACUCAAGAAAACCACAGCACUCAAAUUUGAGUGGCUUGACGGAUCAUCUACAGACAACGUCACAAAGAACCCUACUCAAAAUUCAGAUGACUGCGCAAAGUUGAAUGAGACUGGAGAAAUUCAGCUUGAGGGUUGUACUGGCCUUCAUCCAUCCAUCUGUCAAAAAGGCAAGGCCAGAGCUUCUCUUCCGCUACUUCCGGCGUCGGCAUCAGCGUCAGGCAAGAGUGCAAAGUGCGGCUGGUGGCGGGAGAACCCCGCCAACGACUUCUGCUACCUGAUCAACGCCAUGCCCACCAAGACCUGGAAGGAGGCGCGAGACGAGUGCGCCCGCCUCAGAGGCAACCUGCUCGCCAUCACCGACUCGAACGAACACACCUUCGUACGAGGGCUUCUGCCAAGCGGUUCCUCUUUGUGGUUGGACGCCAGCGACAUCAUUGUUGAAGUUGGCAGCGAGCAGUCUGACGAAUCCUCACCGAGUUCCUUCCUUUUGGGCGCAAGUAACCCUGGUGACCCCUCCGGCCGACGCUGCAACUCCAUACUCAGUGGCAAGGGCGGCGUGGAAGUUGGCGAUUGCGAGAAGAAGCGCGGCUACGUCUGCAAGAGAAGAGUCGUUCAGACAUGUGAAAGGACCAAAGGGUGGCGCCGCUUUGGCUCCAACUGCUACAAGAAGAUGGAGACCACCAACGGUUGGCUGGGGGCUCGUUACGACUGCGUCUGGGAGGGCGGCGACCUGGUCUCCAUCAUCUCCAAGGACGAGCAAAGCUUCGUGAAGGAGCAAAUGGGCGACAAGCCGUUCUGGAUCGGACGUUCCAAUCUGAAAUGUGACGUGGCCUGGUGUCGGUUUUUUGAAGCAGGAGAAAAAAGACUGUCUUUGUCAGACACCGGUGUGACGCCGACUUACGCCAACUGGGACUCGCGUCAAGAUAGCAGCCCCAACGAUGAAUCCUGCGCGUAUGUCAACCAAGGUGUGCACGUAGACAGUCAGCCUGGAAAGUGGAGACAUGGCUCGUGCGGAUCCUCAUUGCCGUACAUGUGCGAGCGGCCGCUCGACGCCUGCCCAGACGGACGACUCUGUUCCUACAAAGACUAUGGAAUUGGCCGCAAUCGAGUGGAGACUUCCUACUGCAACCCUGGCGACUUCCUGUAUAAGGACUCUUGCUAUCACUUUGAGGGGAUGAAGCGAACUUGGGAGGCAGCCGAGAGGUUCUGCAAAGAAUGGAACGGUCACCUGGCCAGCGUCCACUCACUGGUUGAUAGCCAAUUCUUGACUGCUCACGCACCAUAUGCAGGAGGAGUGCAAUCUUGGGUGGGACUCAAGAAGAACAAGGACAACUUUGAGUGGAGCGACGCAACACCUACGGGCAACAUUGCAUGGGUGCUAAACCGGCCGACAGGACUUGGUGAUUGCUGUGCGCUGUCGCCAACUGGACAAAUUGAAGACUGGCCCUGCACCAAUAAUCGGCCAUUCAUUUGUAAAAAAGCCAAGGUCCAAGAGAUUGUUCUUCCUCCGCCGGCAGGCUGGAGUGCAAAGUGCGGCUGGUGGCCGGACCGAUUCUCCUCCGACUUCUGCUAUUUGAUUCAACACAGGCCCACCAAGACCUGGAAGGAGGCCCGAGACGACUGCCUCCGCCGCGGAGGCGAUCUGCUCAGCAUCACCAACUCACAUGAACAGGCCUUCAUACAAAGUCUGUACACCUUUCUGCCGAGCUCUCCCUCUCUGUGGUUGGGCGUCAACAACAACAUCACGAAAGACGGCAGCGAGUGGACUGACGGAUCCCCGUUUGGUUACGUGCUCAUGGACGGAGAUGAUCCCGGUGACCUCUCUGGUGCAUCCUGUCUUUCCUUACUCACAAGCAACGGUCGCUGGAAGUUUGACGAUUGCAGGAAGAAAAGGGGCUACAUCUGCAAGAAAAGAGGAAACUCCCCAAAACCUUCGAAGCCUCAUGACGGCUUUAAGGAGAUACUUGUCUGCGACAACCAUUCUGCUGACCUCGUAUGUGAGGAUGAGGGUCAGAAGCAAGGCCGCAUCAGCAUCCAGUCCGCCUUUUACGGUCGGCGGAGUGACAAUGUUUGCUUGGUGGACAGCGACUCAUACGACGACGAGUACUGCGGAGUGGAAGGCAUCCUCCCUCGCUACAGGAAAAUGUGCAACGGUCACCAAAAAUGCCACAUUGAGCUUUUGGAGGACGAUUCCUGCCCUGCCACAUCCAAAUAUCUGGAGAUGGUCUAUAGCUGUGAGCACAAAGUAUGUCUUGACAGUCUGGGCAUUGCGGACGGGAGCCUCGCAGACUCUUUCUUCAAAGCCUCCUCCUCAAUGGAAGACGCCACCCCAGAAAAAGCCCGCCUCAACGGGGAGUCCUGCUGGAAGCCGUCAAAAGCUCCCGUCGGCAGCUGGAUCCAGGUGAACCUCGGUUACAAGAGAAAGGUGACGGCGAUCGUGACCCAGGGGUGUGAUAGCGACAAUACUCGCUCCUGGGACAUCCAACUUGAGAUGAAGGUGAGCGUUGAUAGGAGGAAGUGGACCAAACACCCAAACGGGAAGUUCAUCGGUGGUGGGACUCAUCUGCUUGAGACGCCCGCGUUCGCUCAGUACGUCCGCAUUCUGCCGCUGGAGAAUCGUCCAGAAUUUGGCCUCCGCUUAGACAUCUUGGGAUGCGCACAUGACGAUGCGAUGACCUGUGCCAGACAGUUCAACAGCCUCCACUUGACCGAUUCGAUGACGUUCUACUGUCCACCUGGGUGUGCCAAAGACAAACACUUUGUCUUUGGAACAUUGGUCUACUCAAAGGACUCGCACAUCUGCGCCGCCGCCAUUCACGCUGGAGUCAUUCAGAAUGACAUUGGAGGAGAUUGUAUUGUGAUGCGAGCUCCCAAACAGCAAGUCUACACGGGCUCCGCUGGGAACGGGAUCAUCUCCAGACAUUUGGACGGCCCACUGGGUAUGUCUUAUACGUUUGCAGAUGGGGAGCCCAGAUGCUCGGCACCUGACUGGGAGGAGUUUGCGGGAUUCUGCUACAAACCUUUUGACGACGAAAGGAACUGGGCUGAUGCUCAACAAGUCUGCCGUGGUUUUGAUGCCGAAAUGGUGUCCAUCCGCACCGAGGUCGAGCAGGCGUGGGUGAAAAAUGCCUCCAACUUUGAAACCAGCGACAUGUGGACCGGACUGAACGACCUGGCGCUUCCCGGCAUGUUCGUGUGGUCGGACCGCCACAAGGUGACCUUCACCCACUGGGUCGCAGGAGAACCCAACCAGCGAGUUGGCCUCGGCAAGCACUGCGUGGCUCUGUUACGGCAGACUGGAAAAUGGAAGCUAAUGUCUUGCGCCCAAGUCAACAGCUUCAUGUGCAAGAUGCCCAAAAUGCACUUUCCAAUUACCUCAUCGAAGCCACAGGUAGCACAGUAGAGUCCACCUGCCAACAGCAGGAUGCCCGUGGAGAAAAUCUACAACGGUGCGCCCCAAGGAAGUCAUCGAAGAAGAAGAAGAGCAACUUUUAAUACCCUCCCUACUCUGCUCAGUAACUAUGAAUAGUAUCAAAAUUGCAAUCAGAACACCUCUGCAUAAGUUUGUAAUUCAUACAGUAGCUGCAUUUAGCUUCGCUAUAAUUACCCAACUAGAUGUCGUGUCCAAAUGAAAUGUGAACAAGCAUGCUAUGUUCACUAACACUCGACUCUGCUUGGUCUACUUUGUCUUUCUUUAUUUUUUUUUUGCGCGCUUAACAACUUUGACUGCCUUUUCGUAAAGAAUUGUACAGAAAUCCCAGUGCUUUCAAAGAGCCCAAUUGUAAGAACGUGACAGGCUAGAAUAGUCUUGGAGCUGGAAUGAAAGUCCAAAGUUGGUUACUGGUAUUGUUCUUUGUUUUGUUUUAUAUUCAUGUCGUGUUGUGUUGUCUUGUCGUAAUCGGCCUUAGAAAAGGGUGCCCAGACUCGACAGCCUAUUGUUUUAUUCUGGUUAAAAAAAAAUAUAUAUAUAUAUAUAUAUAUAUAUAUAUAUAUUAUGAUUACAAAUAAUGAAUUGUGAAUCAACAGUGAGCUAUGUUACUGCCAAUGAUGUCUGCAAUUGUAGACAGUAUUUCACUGGACGGGUAAUUCAGUAUUUUCCAUUAGUACUGCAAGUACAAGUCACUGUAUAUAUCAUAUAAAUUUAAAGCCAGCAUUUUUGAUAACUGAUGGCAGUUUUUUACUCGAUCGCUGGUGUCAGAAAAAUUGUGUUUUUCACUUUUGUUGUUUCUACAGUAUGUUACUACAUCUACAAUUCACUGUAUACAAUUCAUGUAUUAUUGCAUUUUUGAUUACUGAUUGUAGAAGUGAUUUACUCAAUCACUGCUGUCAGAAAAAUUUUGGCUUUCACUGCCGUUUGAUUUUCAUUAAUUUCAAAAUAAAAGAAACUGAUUACGA